AUGCUGUCGCCCCUGGCUCCCGUCAGGAGUGUGGAAGUACGAUUUGAAAGCGUCUCGUACUGCCUUGCCACGACCAGUGAUACUACGAUGCCCAGGAAUAACUGCUGUUUCCAGACCCGUAGUGCUGUUAACAUCCGCGCCUGGAAUGACUUCACCAACCGGGGCAACUCUAUCAGUUGUCUCUUUUUUUUCCUUUCUUGCUCCAGCUCCAAGUACUGCAUUCCCCACCUGAAGAAGUCCAGCAAUCCACACAUUCUCAUGCUCAGCCCACCGCUCAUCAUGAAACCAAUCUGGUUUCAGAACCACCUAGCCUACACUAUGUCCAAGUAUGGAAUGUCCAUGUGUGUGUUGGGCUUGUCCGAGGAACUGCGAGCAGAUGGCAUUGCCGUCAAUGCCCUGUGGCCAAAGACAGCUAUCCACACAGCAGCCAUCGAGAUGCUCAUGGGCGCCGAGCACGGUCAAAGUACAAGCCGCAAGCCAACCAUCAUGGCCGAUGCAGCGUACGCCAUCCUGACCAAGCCGAGCCAAUCUUUCACUGGCAACUUCUGCAUUGACGAACGCUUGCUGAAAGAGGAAGGAGUCAAGGACUUUGAGCAGUACUCAUGUGUGCCUGGCUCCAAGCUGCAGCCAGAUUUCUUCAUUCCGGACGACGUUCUCGCCGAGUUUGACCAGCAGCAGGUAUCAUCGCUGGGCAUUGGCGGCACCAGUGCAGCACCGCCACCAUCGGCUGCUGCGUCCGAUAGCCCCGCUGCCAGUGAUGGCGUUGACGGAAUCCUGCAGAAGAUCAGCCAAAAGUUGAGCCCCGAGCUGGUCACUGCUACUAAAGGACUAUUUCAGUUCCAGGUCAAAGGUGGUGACGACUUCUUCGUGGACCUCCGAACGGGACAGGGUAGCGUGGGCAAGGGCCAGCCGUCGGAAGGCAACUCGCCCGACGUCGUGUUCACCAUGGACACCGACAGCCUGCUCAAGAUGUUUGCGGGCAGCCUGAAGCCGACGGCAGCCUUCAUGAGUGGCAAGAUGAAGAUCAAGGGAGACAUGGGGAAGGCCAUGAAACUCGAAAAGCUCAUGGGCAGCCUCCGAGCCAAGCUAUGAGGAUGAACCGAGCUUCUUCCUCGUUUCCUGGCACCCGCAUCGACACAUUUCUCCACCCCCAAUCCGCGUGGCCAAGCAGAAGAAAAACGACCGAGGCUAGACACCGACAGUGCCACCCGCUUCGUGAACGUCGCGGGUAAACUGGAUUUUUUUUUUCAGUUCACGUCGAUGCGGAGACUGUGCCCACAUUUGCUGGAUCAAAUGUUGCGCGUGUUCUCGCAUUUCGUUCGACUCCUGUGUGUUAUGCAUUCACAGUGACCGGGAGAGACGUGGCAAGAUGAUGUAAUUACAUGCAGUGGCUCGAGUUAUGUCUGAAAUGUGCAAGAUGAACUUACUCUGUGCGGUGAUUCCACUCCAUUAGGAACAGGGAUGACAUAGAAGCAUUGUAAUGUAACCGAGGGCCUAUUGAACACUGCGGUUUGCGAAUGAGAUUUAUUCGUUCUUUUUUGUUUUUUAGGUUUCGGUUCUUCAGCUGUUGUGCUAGAGGGAACGAUUAUAUCCCAGUUGUUGCUUGGUGCGGUGCAAUGUUGUUAACGGAAAUGUUGCGUUCAUUCUUAUGAUGGCGCAAAUGUCAGGAACAAAUGUUAUUUUGCAUGUUUAGAAAUGUUGAGUUUGCUCACUAGGCUGGACAUUCCACUUGCACUGAUGGCGUAGAAUGCAUUAAUUCUUGAUGUAAAUUAAUGCGAAAAAUUGUUAUAUGCUAGAAAAUAAAUUGUCAACUUUCAGUUGCCUUGUUGCAAAACUCUUCUUUAUAGCAUCUAGGGUAUUCUUUUUGACCUGGGGCUAUUAUGUUUCUUUGAAACAAUACUGUGGUGCUUUUUUUAGACAUGGAGCUGUGUCCUUUGUGUUUUGUAUGCGUAGCAAAAAGUCGGUGUUUCUUAGCACCAAAUCUGUUACUGUAUAACACACGUGCCUUAUAAAAGCCAUUGUUAUGUCUUUUAGAACCAAUCUGGUGUUCAAUAUGAAUAGCUUAAUGAUCUUGCAUAACCUCUAACUGAUGUUGAUUGUUUGCAAUGUGUAAUGAACUUUAAUAUCUUCUGGGGAUAACAUUUGUUAUCAAAUUUCUGCACAAUGCAAAACACUGAAAUCCUUUAAGCUGUGGCUGCACUGGUGGAGAGGUAUGCGUAAACAGGUGCUUGCAUCAAAAUGUGUCUGUAGGAGUAGAGCUACAGCAGUCAUUGACUGAUCCACUGCAAUAUUGGAACAAUACUUGCAAUUGACGCACUCUCUCCACUUUAACUAGCAAAGAUUGCAAGUAGAGUUUGAGAGGGGGCGGUAGUAUCUUUUGUACGCCAAUAGCCUCUGUGACCAAAGAAACAGAUUUUAAUUGCCUCGCCGUCUAGCAAUGCGUAGGAAGCAGUAACCGCGGCUCCAAGAACUAGUUUUUUUACAUGAAGUCAAACGUUUGGCUCUUAGCAAGCCUCCACAAUGUGUAGUGCUGGUUGUGCGUGGUGUGCGUGUUUACUUACAAAUAUAAACGUACUGCCAUGGGUGAUGCAUGCUAAGUGGAUGAGCUCAGCAUUGGACAUUUGGGCAUCCAAAGGGCAUUCCUUUUUGUGUGUGUUUGAGAUACAGCCUGCUCUUGUUGCAUGCAUACACUUUCAGGUGAAAAACUUAAUGUAUAACUCAUUAACAAUGUUUCUGGUGAACCUACUUAGUCUUAAUUGCACAUUAAACUACUUACCGUUUUUUUUUUCCGCAUUACAUUUCUCUCUCUCUCUUACCGUCAAGAUUAGCUUGGAAAUCCUACGCCGUGGCAUCUAGAAGUUGAAAAGCAACUCUGCGUCAGAAAAUAUAUAUUGCUAUACUAUACUAUGGUUAACGUUGGUUCUUUGUAUUUCAAGCCGAUAUUGUGUUAAAACGACGUUCACAGGCUCUGAGCAUAAGGGAAUAGAAUAUCGCUAAUGGAAUGAAUGAAUGGUCGAGCUGUUUUAUUUUCUUGUGUUCUGGUGGAAUUUUAAUAGCUGUGUGCCCAAAAUUACUGGGUUCACUAUUGAAAUAAUAUGGCUCGAGAGCUGGUGAUUUCAUCAACGUGCAUCGUUGCGAGGAAAGAGGCGAAUUUCCUGUAUUACAGUGCAC